GCGGUGCUUGUGCUCGCCGGAGGGCGCCGAGGUGGGAGCGCGGCGGAAGUAACGGCUCUUGUUUGUUGAGGACAACACAUGCCGACUUGGGAGAGGAGACCUAAACCCCAAGUUGUGAUUUUUAGUGAAAUUAUACAUAAAGGUCACUAUGAAGGCCUUGUAUGGUCAGCAGAAUUCACCUGGAGAGGAAAUUACAUUUGUCUUCCAGGAAAGAGAAAACCUUCCUCCUACAAGAGACAAUGAUGUGAAAGUACAAGUUAGAGCCUGUGCACUGAGCUGGAUAGAUACAAAGCUUUUAUCAGAAAUUAAACUGGAGAAGGAGCUUCUACCUGUUGGUCGAGAAAUUUCUGGAGUUGUUUUGGAAGUUGGAAGAAAGGUGACCUUUUUUCAGCCCGAUGAUGAAGUGGUAGGAAUUUUGCCCUUAGAUUCUGAAGAGUCUGGUCUUUGUGAAGUUAUUCUAGUUCAUGAGCAUUAUUUGGUUCGUAAACCAGAAAAAGUUUGUUGGGUUGAAGCAGCCGGGACUGUCCGUGAUGGUGUCCGAGCAUACACAGCUUUACACUACCUUUCUCAAGUCUCUCCUGGAAAAACUGUACUUGUAAUGGAUGGAGCAAGUCCAUUCGGUACAAUAGCUAUUCAGUUAGCACAACACAGAGGAGCUAAAGUAAUCUCUACUGCAUACAGUCUUGAAGAUAAGCAGCACCUGGAGAGGCUCAGACCUCCUGUGGAAGGUGUACGGCAGCCUUUAGUGGCUCGUGUGAUAGAUGUGUCAAAUGGCAAGAUUGAUGUGGCAGAGAGCUGCUUGGAAGAGACGGGUGGCCUGGGAGUGGAUAUUGUUCUGGAUGCUGGAGUGAAAUUAUAUAGUGCUGAAGAUGAAUCAACUUCAAAAUCACAGUUGCUGCCUCAUAAGCAUGAUAUCAUAACUCUUCUUGGUAUAGGGGGACACUGGAUUACAACAGAAAAAAAUCUUCAGCUGGAUCCUCCAGACAGCCAUUCCUUGUUUCUUAAAGGAGCCACUGUCUCCUUUCUGAAUGAUGAGAUAUGGAACUUGUCCAAUGUACAGCAAGGGAAGUAUCUCUCCAUCUUAGAAGAUAUAAUGGAGAAAUUAUCAAGUAGCAUUUUCAGGCCUCAGCUGGAUGAACCGAUCCCAUUGUAUGAAGCCAAAGUUUCUAUGGAAAUAGUUCAAAAGAAUCAAGCAAGAAAAAGACAAGUCAUCCAGUUCUGACACACACAAUUUCCUGAAUUCUGAGCCUGUGGAAGAUAAAGAAACGUAAUGUAUUUGAGAAGUAAAUUUGUGUACACUUUCAAAUAAUUCUGUAUCUGGAAUUUAGAUCUUUUGUCCUGAGACUCCUGUGACUUUAGAGCUUGGGGGGGGGGGGGGGGGGGGUGUCAUUAACUUGAGUGGAAUGUUCCCAUCAGCAAAUUCUGAAGAGGCUGUCUUGACAUACAAAUCUUGUCUGCCCUGCCCCAAUUACAAAUGUCAGUAAUAUCUACAGGCAAACUCAGUUACUGUUGUUUUUCAAACAUAAGAAAUGAAAGGGAAAAAAAAAUCUGGUGAGAUAUAUUUGUCCUCCCGUC